AAAAGAAAAAAAAAAGAAGAAAAAAGCUGACGAAGUCUCCUAGUAUGUAACCAGCAGAAGCUGGAAACCUUCGAGCCAGACCCUGGUAGAAAAAUCAACCUACUAAAACAAAAAUGGCAGCGGUCGGAGCUUACCUCAAUCACGUCUCCCGUGAAUCCUCAGACAUUAAACGCCUCGCCAAAUUUUACCAGGAGAUAUUUGGAUUUGAGCAAGUCGAGAGUCCUAAGCUUGAGUUUAAUUUGAUUUGGUUGAAAUUGGGUCCAUCUUUUUAUCUUCAUCUGAUUGAAAGAGACCCAGAAACCAAGCUUCCAGAAGGUCCAUGGAGUGCCUCUUCGGCCGUGGCUGACCCCAAGAAUCUUCCUAGAGGUCAUCACAUCUGUUUCUCUGUCUCCAAUUUCGACUCUUUUGUUCAGACACUUAAGGAGAGGGGAAUUAAUGCACAUGAGAGGACGCAACCAGAUGGGAAGACCAAGCAAGUAUUCUUUUUUGAUCCAGAUGGUAAUGGAUUAGAGGUUGCUGGCAGUGCUGCAGAACAGUAAAGCAGAAAAUCAGGUUGUCUUCUAUAAACAAGGGUGGAUAAUUACCUUUAGUUAAACGGUGUAUUAAGCAAGGGAAGAUAAUUACCUGUAGUUGAACGUAAUAAGCGAGAGUGAAUAAUUACCUAUAUAUACUUAGAAAGUGUAUAACAACCACCUAGUGACUUAUGAGAUGAGAAUGCUAUGCAAACAUUUUCAUGGUAACAGCUAUAUGUGUUUUUUCUGCAUUUAUGUUGUUCUUCAAUGAGUGAUGUUCUGCGAUUGUGUCU